UUGAAAGGGCCAGACUCACUCACAACGAGAAACUCGUAAGGACGACCCUCGUGAAGUUCUUCGGUUGUAUACUCGCAACAGAGCAAGAGUGUUGGAUAUUUACCUUACACACCAUGCUUGCGAGAAAGAUUAGUUUGAAUGUUUUCGCAUGUAAUAUGGGAUUUCAUACGGAGAAAGAACGACACGUUCGGGAAAAGGAAACCUUCGAGAAGGCUUAUUCCCUUGGACCUGUACUAGGCAGUGGUGGUUUUGGGACCGUAUACUCGGGCACUAGACGCCGUGAUGGCUUACCGGUUGCCGUUAAACACAUUUCAAAGCAGAAAGUCACGGAGUGGGGACAGAUAAAUGGUGUAUCUGUACCACUGGAAGUGUGCUUACUGAAAAAAGUAUCCCAUUUGGAUGGGGUAAUUAAAAUGCUGGAUUUUUAUGACAAAAGUGAUAGUGUUAUUAUUGUGAUGGAGAAACCUGAAAGUGUUAAGGACUUGUUUGACUAUAUCACGGAAAAGGGACCACUUGGUGAAGAUGUGAGCAGAGAUUUCUUCCGACAGAUCAUUCAAUCUACAAUGGAUAUACAUAGAGCUGGUGUGGUACAUCGUGAUAUAAAGGAUGAGAACAUUCUAGUGGACAUGAAAACUGGUCAGCUAAAGGUGAUUGACUUUGGAUCUGGAGCUUUCUUGAAGGACACAGUUUACCUUGAUUUUGAUGGAACCCGUGUGUAUUCCCCACCUGAAUGGAUUCGCUUCCAUCGUUACCAUGGCCGAUCUGCUGCAGUAUGGUCACUUGGCAUCCUCUUGUUUGAUAUGAUUUGCGGUGACAUCCCCUUCGAACAAGAUGAACAGAUCAUGAAGGCUGAAGUUGCAUUCCGAGGCAGAUGUUCAGCAGAAGUAAAAGAUCUUGUCAGGAAGUGUCUAUCCAUCCGACCAUCAGACAGGCCUUCUCUGGAGGACAUUUUAGAACAUCCGUGGAUGCAGAUUGGGAAGACUUGUGUAAGACGAAGCUCUUUGGACCAGCGAUUAGUGGAUCUGGCAUCUGCUACCAGCAGUACAGAGAGUAUAUGACCAUGAAGUAAAGUCUAGUGAAAUUCUAGAAUCCUAGCUACAUCUGUGAUAGGCAUGCUCCUGGAAGCCUGUGUGAGAUCAGGUGGUCCCAUGUCGACUGCUCUAUGGGCCUUUCCAACGUGGCCUACAAGCGUUUACAGCAGGACAGUGCCCAUGAACUGACUGGAAAACUCCAGUCGUCAGCUUCCACAGCUCAAACACUGCCAGUGCAAAGACUGAUGCCAAUCAGGACUGUUUGGAAUAUUGUGGAUCUGUUGAUUUACAUCCUUAGACAAAAUAUUGUUUGAGGACUGUGAAUGUAUAUUUAUAUGGAGGAAAACAUGAACUAUGCAAUGGUGCCAAAUGACUUUACUCAAGAUUCCAAGACAAAUAAAAAAAAAAAAACAAAAAAAAAAUGGCAUACUAUGUAAGACCUUAAAGAAAUAAGCGUGAUAGGAUGCCAUUUUAUUUUCCAAGCAAAAAUCAAUGCAAAUUAAUGACCAAGUCGAAACAGAAGGUUGUACAAUGUAUAAUGUGUAAAUAUGUGUGAUGGGUGCUAGUAAAUUAAGGUGCAAGAGGUGUUUGAGUGAUUGGGUUUUUUUUCAUCUGGAUGCUUGUCUGUUGAAUGGAAAGCUCUCACGUUAUUGUCAAUGUGGACGUUGCAAGAUUCAUUUUACAUUUCAAGAUAUUCACAUCAUCGUUUCAUUAAUUUAUUCAAUUUUAUCUCAUUUUUACCAUUUUUUUUUUCUUGUUAGUUCUUUUCUGUUUUGAAUUGCCAUUCAUGUACAUGCGUUGCGUCCACUCUAAAUUAUUUCAGUGUUGUAUGCAUGUGUGUGGGUAUGUGUGAUCAAUGUGUUGUAAAUAGAAAAUAAACUAUUGGCUUGUGAGUUGACUGCAAGUGUCAUCUCCCAUGCUUACAAACUAUUUAUUGUGGGGUUUCAAGCUCUGCUUAUUGUAUGUCCAGAGGUAUUUUUUUAUAGGUGAAAAGAAAUAAUAAACCUGUUUUAUGUUAAAAGUAAACACACGA